AUGGAUCCGAUCGAAUCUAUCGACUACGACGGCUUCGAGACCUACAACGGCAACACCACCCACGUCGACCACGGCUGGAAGAAAGUCGUCUACCCAAAACGCCACCGCAAACAGAAACCGGCGGAUCAGACGGCGACUAACGGCCAAAAUGCUAACGGCGAUAACGUCUUCCGUUCGCUCGAGGAGCAAGCCGAGGAUCGAAGGAAGCGGAUCCUCGCGGCGAAGAUGGCUGCUGUUGACGUGGAGGAUGAACCCAACGGCUCGAGAUCUUACGGUUACGAUGAGAUCGCGGCGAUGAAUGAGAAGAAGAAGGCGGAGGAGACUAAGAAGCCGAAACCUAAGAAGGAGAAGAAGCCUAAAGUGUCGUUGCCUGAAGCUGCUGCCAAGAUCGAUCCUUCGAAUCUCGAAGCUUUCCUCAUCGAAGCUUCGGAAGCGUAUGCUACUCAGCCGGAGAUUCAGCUGAUGAGGUUUGCUGAUUACUUUGGGAGAGCACUUUCAGGAGUGUCGUCUGUGCAGUUUCCAUGGGUGAAGAUGUUGAAAGAGUCUCCUUUGUCAAAACUCAUCGAUGUUCCGUUGUCUCAUAUUCCUGAGCCUGUCUACAAAACAUCAGUGGAUUGGAUCAACCAACGUCCAGUUGAGGCUCUUGGAGGGUUUGUGUUGUGGGCGUUUGAUUGUAUUCUCACAGACUUGGCAGCUCAUCAAGGAGGUGCUAAAGGUGGGAAGAAAGGUGCACAACAGACUCCUUCCAAAUCUCAGGUGGCAAUAUUUGUCGCAUUAGCAAUGGUGUUGCGUAGGAAGCCUGAUGCUUUGACUAAUGUAUUGCCAACUCUGAGGGAGAAUGCUAAGUAUCAAGGACAGGAUAAGCUUCCUGUUACAGUUUGGAUGAUGGCUCAGGCCUCUCAAGGUGAUCUAUCCGUAGGGUUGUUGUCAUGGGCACACAACUUGUUACCUGUAGUCGGUAAUAAGAACUGCAACCCUCAGUCAAGAGAUAUCAUCCUGCAGUUGGUAGAGAAAAUGUUGUCGAAUCCAAAGGCUAGGACCAUACUUGUAAACGGAGCUGUUAGGAAGGGAGAGCGAUUGAUUCCACCUCCCAUGUUUGAGAUCUUGGUCCGGAUUACAUUCCCUGCUUCAUCCGCAAGAGUGAAGGCUACAGAGAGGUUCGAGGCAGUAUAUCCCUUGCUGAAGGAAGUUGCUCUUGCCGGUGCACCAGGGAGCAAGGCCAUGAAACAAGUCACACAACAGAUAUUCACUUUCUCUCUGAGAUUAGCUGGAGAAGGAAACCCUGUUCUAGCCAAGGAAGCUACAGCAAUCGCUAUAUGGGCCGUGUCUGAAAACGUUGAUUGCUGCAAGCACUGGGACAAUCUCUACAAGGAGAAUCUUGAAGCCAGUGUUGCUGUUCUCAAAAGGCUUGUUGAUGAAUGGAAGGACCAUUCUGUCAAGCUAUCAUCAUCACCGAGUGAUACCGCCACUCUCAACCGAACUAUGAAGAGCUUCAGGCUAAAGAACGAGGAAGCCAUCACUGAAGGAAGAGCCAAUGUUUCUCUCUACAAAGAAGCUGACAAGUCAUGCAAAGUGAUAUCAGGGAGACUCUCCCGUGGAAGUGGCUGCCUCAAAGGAACAGCCAUUACUGUUGUGGUUCUAGCUGCUGCAGCAGCUGUUCUAUCAUCCAACCCUGAGGUUACAACCGAGCUGAAGAACCUCUUGGACUCAUUGGAGCUGCAGCAAUACUAUAAUCCAAUCAUCACAGCUUUAAAGAACUGAGAGAAGAGAGACGAAAACAACCUGAGGACGAUAAGUUAUCGUCCGUGUAGAGAAUUUACUUGAAAGUUAAAAGCCUUUUACUCCCAAAGAUACAAAGUUUUGAAAGAAAUUUGACAAUUCAGAAUAAAGUUAUUUCUGUUUA